AUGGCAUCAGGAAAUGCGAUCGUUUUGGAUUCUAUGCGUAGACUCAUGAAAGUCUAUGAAGAAACUGGAGGAAAGGAAUUACAAAUUAAAGAUCAAUUGGAUGAUGAAACUAGAAAGAAUGUAUUUGAAGCUAACAAGAUUUUAUUGGUUAGAAAAUUAGACUUGACAAGAGAAAAAAUCAAUGAAAGAGAUGAGGCCAUGAAAAAGAAUAAGAAUAAUACACGUGUUAUUAAAUUGAAUCAGAAUAUCAAGAAAAUGUUACGAUAUCUGAGAAAGGAUUAUCAACAUUUGGAAUCUAUUCACAAAAACGCUGCCAAGAAAAAAUUCUUUGGAAAACAAGCAGAUCCAAGAGAAUUAGCCCAACAACAAGAAGACCUCAAACUCUUAAAUCUUCACGUCACACAAGUUGAAAAGCUCGAUAAACGAAGAUUUGAAAAUGGAGGUGAACCUCUCGACUCUAAGGAAGCAUCCAAAAGAAAGGAACUCUUCUCCAUCAAUGAAGAAGACAAUACUCCAUCACAAUCCAAACCACUCAUCUCUGAAUUCCUACUCAAUGAGGAAGAUUUACCACAAGAUGCUCGUGAUUAUGGUAAUUUACCUCGAAUUAAUAUUGAGGAGAGUUUAACUCAAGUACAAAUGUAUAAGAAGCAAAUGGAUCAAGGUUUGGAUGCCUUCUCUAAAAAGAUUGAAAAACUCAAACACAUCACUGAUGAUAUUGGAUCUGAAUUGGAUGAACAGAACAAGUUAUUGGAAAAUAUUGGGGAUAAGGUUGAUAAUGAAUUGGAGAGAUUGAAGAAUUUGAAUGAGAGAACUGAGAAGGCAAACAAGUUGGCAAAUCAAUCGACAAAGAUUUGUCUAAUCAUGUUGGCUGUUAGUAUUAUUACUGUUAUUGUUGGAGGUGUUGCAGUGUGGUUGGUUUAUUUCUUUACGCCAAAGUAA